AUGUUGAAGACUAUUUUUACCGCGUUAGCUCUGGCUACAGUUGCUAUUGCGACAAAAGACACUCCACCAGUUGUGACGGCUACAAUUAUUACGACUACUACGGUGUGCCCUGUGACAAGCACCUUCACUGAUGCUGGAACCACCAAAGUCAUCACAACGCUUACUACUUCGACACUCACCAUCACCAGUUGUCCAGGAGGAGGAUGCGGAAGUGGAGGGGUUUUAACUGUCCCAGGGCCAGCUGGAACAUCGACAACUACUACUACGGGAGUAACCACGACAUACACGACGGUUUGCCCAGUGACUACCACGAAAACUCUCGCUGGCUCAACUUUCUAUGAAACCUACACAACCACAUCCACUAUCGUUUCCGUUAUUGGCGGAGCCACCGUGGAAGUUACCAAGACAGGACCUGCAGUGACCGAGUCAACUGGUACCGGCGUCACAACUACGACCUACACUACGCUGUGUCCCGUAACCGAGACAAAAACUCUUGGAGGCUCAACUUUCUAUGAAACUUAUACGACUACGUCUACUAUAGUUUCCGUUCUUGGUGGAGGAACCGUUCAAGUCACCGCAACUGGCCCAGCAGUAACUCAAUCGACCGCCACGGGAGUUACAACUACAACAUACACCACACUGUGCCCAGUAACCGAGACCAAAACUAUUGGAGGAUCGACAAUUUUGGAAACCUACACGACUACCUCUACCAUAGUCUCAGUCAUUGGUGCCACUGUUCAAGUGACUUCUACUGGUCCUGCCGUUACUGAGAGCACUGGAACUGUCGCAUACACAACUUUGACCUCUUUAUCCCCAAUCACUGAGACUAAAGUCGUUGGAGGAAGCACCAUUACUGAGGUCCGAACAAGCACAAGUACCAUCGUCACAAUUGCUCAAACCAAGAUCGAGACAACUGCUACUGCUCCCGAUGUAACAAAGACUGAAGGUACCCUGGUUUAUCAAACCUCAACUUCCCUUUGCCCAUACACAACCGUCGAGACUGUCUCCGGAAAGGAAGUCACUGUUACCAGCACAAGCUAUUCCCUCAUCGUCACCCAGGUUCCACAAGCUGCCACAACUCAAAUCACCGUAGCUCCUGCGCCAACCACCGUAGCAACCGUCAUCUACCAAACUUCGACCUCCAUCUGCCCAUACACCACCGUCGAGACUGUUUCGGGUGUUGCUGUCACCUAUACCAGCACCAGCUACUCUCUCAUCGUGACCCAGGUCGCUCAAGUACAGACUUCUCAAGUUACAGUCGCUCCGCCACCAACUACUGUUCAAACCUAUGUUCUCUCGACAGCUACUUCAUAUGUUCCAGUCACUGAGAUCCAAACUGUCUCAGGAACUCCUGUGACUGUCAUUUCUACCCAAACCAGCUUGGUUGAAGUCAAGGUUCCAACCACCAUUGUCGCACUAACCACCCUCGCAACAACCCUCUACACAACCGACCAAGUCUACCAGACCAUCAGCACAGUUGAAACCUUCUACACCACCCUCUCCGCCGGCGAAACCCACACCAUUGCCACCACAAUCCUGAACACUAUCAAAGCAACCGAGCGUAUGACAAUCACCAAGACCCAAGAGCCAAUUGCUGUUACCAUCGAGACAAAUAUUCCCGUUACCGAAGUCGUCACGGUUCCAACCGAGCAAACAAUCACAUUGUCGGGGACCACAAUCAUUGCCACCCUCCGAUCAACAAUUCUUACAACCAAGACCGCCCCGGCCGCUGUAACCACUCUCCCAACCCUCCUAUCAACAGUGACGGUCCCAGUCGUCGCCACAGUUGGUCCGCCAGCACCAGUCAACACCACACUUCCCGCGCCACCGCUCGUUACCACAAAUGGUGCUGCUUCAGCGAGUGCCCCAAUCGCACUUGCAUUCGCCGGUGCCUUUGCGAUCCUCGUCUUCGCAUGA